AUGGACAAGUGUUGGUUCGUUCUAUCCCAGACACAUUAUCCCCCUCCCCAAGAUAGUGACAAAAAUGGAGCAUUCAAACAGACAGGGCCUCUCUGCCUGGGCCACUUCGUCAAGAGCCUAAAACACCUUGACAGUGUGAUCAAUACAAGCGGCCCAGAGCCAUUCCCACUUGACAUGCCUGUUUAUCGCACAGGCCCAAUAGAAUUCGAGUGGGAGUCAACUAAAGAGGGCGGUUUUGAUGCAACAACGACAGCAGAAGUACCCAUCGCUGCAGCACCGGGUAUUAACGCAAAGGCUUCGCUGGGCUUCGCCCUCAAGAAAACCGUUGGAAACCAUUGGCAAAUUGAACAACUCGAAACCCUCACUGUUGAACCCACGAGGGCAUACAUCAAUCGCUCCCUAGCGGGAAAUCAGGUUGUCGAGUUCUUGGAAGACAACAAGUUUGGACCAACAUGGUCAAUUUUCGUCAUCACGGGGCUCAAGAUUGUUCGCGGCAACUCUACCCGGAAAACCACUCACGGAACAGAGAAGAGUAUUAAUGGAGGUCCAGGAAUUGGCAUCGGCGGCGUAGCCGAGGUCUCUGUCGAUACUGGUUUCUCUUCAACGACGUCUACAUCAACAGCUGCAAAGCAAACGCAUGACUUUGUCUGGGCGGUGAGGCUCUCCAAGAUUACGAAAGGGCUCUUUGACAAGAAGUGGUCCAAGAAGACUUAUUCCCGAGGUGCGACCUUCAGCAUGAAAGAAUGCGAAACAGAUAUUGAGAGCAGGCUCUCCGAGGAGUGCUUGACGACCACUCAGCUGUUGACCAUAGAGGCCGACGAAACUGGCCCAGAGCAUAUUGUGGUUCCAGUGGACGCUAUGCCGGUUAGCGACUUUAAUUAG